UCCCAUUGCAAUAAACUAUGCCAGUCGCGGUUGCUCGCGUAAUAUUCCGGCUCAAUAGAAAUUUUAUUCAAUCUCCCUCAUCCGGAGCGUGCCGGUUCAGCUGGGCUGAUCAGACUGAUAUCACCAGAGAACAUCAAAUGAAGCGAGCGAGGGAUGUGUGUAAUCCACUUUAGAACAUUCGAAGGGUUUGGUUAGUCUUAUCGGAGUCGCGUCCUCUAGCAGCGGACAAUGUGGUUGUUGUCGUUUCGAAUAGGAGUUGUUGGUCUUUUCCUGUUGCAAUUGGUCUUUGCAGGUCAAUGCGAACCGAAAUCGAAAUGUUCUAGGAAGCUAUCCAAUUCCGUUAGUCGUAGCAGCCUUACGGCAUUAGUUCUUGCUCGGGGUGGCUCGAAAGGCAUCCCGCUGAAGAAUUUGGCACAGAUCGGAGAUGGGCGAUCGUUGCUUAGUCGAACGCUCAAAGUUUUGGUAGAAUUCGAACGUUUCAAUACCGUUUGGGUGUCAACCGACGAUCCACGAAUUAUAUCCGAUGUAAAGAAUCAUUUCCCGAACGGUAGUCUUGUGCGGGUGCAUUAUCGCUCACCGGAAACUUCGCAAGACGAUACUACCUCGAUAGAUUCGGUUUUGGAGUUCCUGUCUAAGCACCCGGAGGUUGAGAAUCUAGCCCUGGUACAGUGUACUUCACCGUUCUUGAGAACGAUUUAUCUGGAAGAUGCGUUCAAGAAGUUUCAUCGGGGUAAAAAGGAUUGCGUUUUCAGUGCGGUUAGAAGCUACAAGCUUAGGUGGAAAGAAUCGGUCGACGAUAUGAUCAUACCAGUGAAUUUCAACCCAGAUAAACGACCUCGUCGACAGGACUGGACCGGUGAACUGGUAGAAACGGGCAUGUUCUAUUUUGCGCGCAAGAGCUUGUUGAUGCAAGGACGAUUUCAGAACGAUAACUGUGGUAUUGUGGAGAUCGACUACCGAGAUGCGCUGGAGAUCGAUUCCGGCUAUGACUUGGAGCUAGCGAAAAUGAUUGUACAAAACGGUGGCCAAUAAAAACUGAUCUAGUUGGUUGACUAUUUCGGUCGAAAAAAAAUCCUCAAUCGACAAUCAGAGGAUAAAUCACUCUUUCAAUGUACACAUUAAGGACAGUGAAGAAAUCCAAGCCAGAAAAUACCGAUAUUCGGCAUUUUGUAUCUCAAAAACCUCUAUACCAAAUUCCAAAAAUUAAGUAUAUUUGUGUUACAGAAAGGCUUAUGUUCAAUUUUUUAGGAUUUAAUUCAAUGAUAAAAUUUGUAAUAUUCGGGUAAUGCUUCUGAGUGUAGCAUAUUCGCGGCAAGCGAAAAAACGAUAUACAUAUUUCGUAUUUGGUCCGCAGUGUGUUAAGGAAUUUUUUUUAUCAUUCUGUUGUAGUAAGCGGUGAUAACCGAUGACAUUUAUAGUUGAAAAUAAAUUUUACUAUUCUAUUCCUAACCAUCAAA